AAGCGAAACGCAAAAUUCACUCCCAUUUCUUGGUUUUUGCAGAGUUCACGUUUCCUAAAAAUCCUCCCGCCCGAGGACCGGAAGCCUUCGUCUUCCAAUCACCAAAACCAAAUGAGGAAAAGAGUCCUUAGGAUCUUUCUCUCUCAUUCAAUCCCUUCUCUAUCCUCCCGUGUUCUCAAUACCAUUUUCCCUUCAACUUUUCCCCCUCGUUUCCGCAUAUUUUUCUGUCAAAAUCUUUUCUAUAACAAUUUCAGAUUCAUUUCUACAUCUUCCUCCGACAAUCUUCAAGGUUUGGUAGAUCCCGAGGACCCUUUUCCGCUUGAUUAUUCUCCAGUUGAGUCUAUUUCCAGUGAAGAUUUUUCUUUUUUACGCGAUUCUUUGUUACACCCUAAUACUGGGGAGCAUAAGUUUGAUACAGGUAAGUGCUCGAAUGAGGCUGUUUUAAUUUCGAAUGCGAUUCUUGCAAAUGAUGAUGGGUUUGGGAACAAAACCCAGAAAUUUCUUAGGCAAUAUAGACAAAAGUUAAGUGAACCUUUGGUAGUUGAAGUCUUGAAUCUAAUAAAAAAUCCCGAAUUGAGUGUCAAGUUUUUUAUCUGGGCUGGCCGACAAAUUGGGUAUAGUCACACUCCGUCUGUGUACACCGCACUGAUACAGAUAAUUGAAACUAGUGCUGAUAGUAAUGAUAGAAUACCAGAACAAUUUUUGCGUGAAAUUAAGGAAGAUGACAAGGAAGUGCUUGGAAAGUUGCUUAAUAUUUUGAUUCGCAAGUAUUGUCAAAACGGUUCGUGGAAUGCAGCAUUGGAGGAGUUAGGCAGGCUUAAAGAUUUCGGGUACAAGGCCUCAAGAUCAACUUAUAAUGCUUUAAUACAAGUGUUUUUAAGAGCAGAACGACUAGACACAGGUUUUCUGGUCCAAAGGGAGAUGUCGAGUUUGGGGUACAGCAUGGAUGAGUUUACCUUGGGUUGUUUUGCACAUUCCCUUUGUAAAGCAGGAAAGUGGAGGGAUGCCUUGACGUUAAUUGAGAAAGAAGAAUUUGUUCCUGAUACGGUGCUUUAUACUAAGAUGAUAUCUGGGUUAUGUGAAGCCUCGCUUUUUGAAGAAGCUAUGGAUUUUUUAAAUAGGAUGCGAGCAAGUUAUUGCAUUCCCAAUGUUGUAACAUACAAAAUUUUGCUUUGUGGGUGCUUGAGAAAGAAACAGCUGGGUAGGUGUAAAAGAAUACUAAAGAUGAUGAUUACAGAAGGUUGCUAUCCAAGUCCUAAGAUAUUCAAUUCGCUCAUUCAUGCUUACUGCCAAUCAGGAGAUUACACUUAUGCUUAUAAGUUGCUCAAGAAAAUGGUAAAAUGUGGCUAUCAGCCAGGUUAUGUUGCUUACAAUAUAUUGAUUGGUGGUAUUUGUGGCAAUGAAGAGUUGCCUAGUGUGGAUGUAUUAGAGUUGGCUGAAAAAGCCUAUGGUGAAAUGCUUGAAAUGGGGUUUGUACUAAAUAAGGUCAAUAUCAGUAAUUUUACAAGGUGCCUUUGUGCCAUUGGAAAAUUUGAGAAGGCAUAUAAUGUUAUACGUGAAAUGAUGACUAAGGGCUUUAUACCUGAUACUGCCACAUAUUCCAAAGUCAUUGCUUAUCUAUGUAAUGCAUCCCAAGUAGAGAAGGCUUUUCUAUUGUUUCAAGAAAUGAAAAGAAAUGGUAUCACACUUGAUGUAUAUACAUAUACAAUAUUGCUUGAUAGCUUUUGCAAAGCUGGUUUGAUAGAACAGGCUCGUAAUUGGCUUGAUGAAAUGCAAAGAUAUGGUUGUGCCCCAAAUGUGGUUACUUAUACUGCUCUUAUACAUGCGUACCUUAAAGCGAGGAAGAUAAAAAAUGCAAAUGAGAUCUUUGAGAUGAUGCUGUCCAAAGGUUGCAUUCCUAAUAUUGUCACAUAUACAGCUUUAAUUGAUGGUCAUUGUAAAGCUGGAGAGAUUGAGAAGGCUUGCCAGAUUUAUGCAAGAAUGAAGGAUGACAAUGUGGAAAACUCAGAUGUCGAUAUGUAUUUCAGGGUUGUUGAUAGUGGGUCCAAAGAACCAAAUGUUUAUACUUAUGGAGCUUUGGUAGAUGGUUUGUGCAAAGCCCAUAGGGUAAAGGAGGCACGUGACUUGCUGGAAGUCAUGUCAAUGAAAGGUUGUGAACCAAAUUACAUUAUAUAUGAUGCUCUCAUAGAUGGAUUUUGUAAGGUUGGCAAACUAGAUGAAGCACAAGAGGUUUUUACCAAAAUGUUGGGGCAUGGAUAUACUCCAAAUGUGUACACAUAUAGCUCUUUGAUUGACAGGUUGUUCAAGGACAAAAGAAUGGACCUUGCAUUAAAAGUUUUGUCCAAAAUGCUGGAAAACUCGUGUGCUCCCAAUGUUGUUACUUACACUGAGAUGAUAGAUGGUCUAUGUAAAGAUGGAAAGAUAGAUGAAGCCAAUAAACUUAUGCUUAUGAUGGAAGAAAAGGGUUGUUGUCCGAAUGUCGUGACUUACACUGCAAUGAUUGAUGGCUUUGGGAAAGCAGGCAGAGUUGACAAAUGCCUUGAGCUGUUGCAGCAAAUGUGUUCCAAGGGUUGUGCUCCAAAUUUUGUCACCUAUAGGGUUUUGAUAAAUCACUGUUGCACUGCCGGCAAUCUAGAUGAGGCUUAUAGACUUUUAGAGGAGAUGAAACAGACAUAUUGGCCAAAGCAUGUAGCAAUAUAUCGAAGGGUUAUUGAAGGUUUCAGCCGUGAAUUCAUAGCUUCUCAUGGUCUUUUAAUUGAGAUGACCGGGAGUGAUUCAAUGCCUAUUUUGCCAGUUUAUAAAGUGUUGAUUGAUAAUUUUAUCAAGGCUGGGAGAUUGGAAAUGGCUCUAGAGCUGCAUGCAGAGCUCUCAUCAUUUUCUUCUUUUUCAGCAGCUCACAAGGAUAUAUAUUCUUCAUUAAUUGAAAGCCUUUCACUUGCAUGUAAAGUUGAUGAGGCUUUUAAGUUGUACGCAGACAUGAUUAGGAGGGGCUGUGUUCCAGAGUUGAGCAUAUUAGUUCACCUUAUCAUGGGCCUCCUUAGAGUCGGCAAGUGGGAAGAAGCACUGCAAUUGUCAGAUAGCAUGGUCCAGAUGCCCUUGUACCUUUCUUUAUGGACUAUUAUCUUGGAGAUGUCAAUUGCACCAAGUAUAUACACAAGGGCCAACUACCGUACCCGUGCAAGAGGUUUCCAGCAGUGAUUGGUAUUCGAAGCCCCCACCAUAUACUCGUUCACAUCAAGAUCAUUUGGCGUGGCUCACUGUUGAAGCUAUCUAGUUCAACGCACCAGUAAAGUGGCUAUGAGGACUUAUCUGACACAGAUUGAUCAAGCAUUGCCUGCUGGUAGCUCUCGAAAAUUUAUGCACCAUACUAAAAGUAUGGCUUGAAGGGUUGCGGAGAGAGAGAACAAGGAUACAGAAGACGGCCAAGCCAUAUUGAAAUAUCUUGACACCUACUGUGCAGGAAUGAAGUCCAAGAGUAGCGACCAUUUGGGGGAAAACCCCACUAAUAGUCUGGACUGUAAAAUGUAUCAAAAAGCCAAAAACUUGGCCUUGUUUGUAUCAAUGGUCCCCGUUGUCGUUCGGCAUGGUUUUAAACUGUGGCCGUUGCCGUUAAGGCUGAGGCGUUAUGUUGGCUUUGUUCCUUCAGUUUCGACGCUAUUUUGAGCAUUUUCUCAAUUUUCAAGUGAAAAAGGCUGCAUUUAUUUACAAAGAUAAUAUAUUUUUUUAUAUGAAUUCA